AUGAAUACAACUCAGAAAGUUGAUCCAGUGGAACAAGAUGCUAAGGUUUUGAAGCAAGCCUCACAGUUCAAAAGGUGGGGGCGAAAACAUCCAUUUGUUCGGUAUGGGUUACCACUCAUUUCCUUGACAGUGCUUGGUGCCGUCGGGCUUGCUCAUCUUAUACAAGGCAGCAAAGAAGUGACAAAGGAAAAGGAGGAUAUAGAAUGGGAGGUUGUAGAAACAACAAAAGCUCUCAGCCGAACAGGGCCAGUGGAAGGAGCCUAUAAGCCUAAGAAGCUCUCUCUAGAGGAUGAACUGAAGGCUUUGCAGCAAAAGGUUGACAUAAACAGCUACGACUACAAGCCCAUCCCAAGACCCAAUGAGAAAUAA